UCAGUUUCAUUGAUGGAAAGUUAUUAACAAUCAGUCAAGUCACACAAAUGUAUACCUUAGAGGAAACAACACUUUCUCUUCUUCCCCCGCCCCCUCCUCAUUUUGGAAGAGAAACCUAGCGAAAAGGAGCGGUGAUGAUAUGGCGUGCAAGGAUUCUCAAUGUUUGUAUCUGGCCUCAUUGCCUUGUAAAGGCUGCGGGGACGUAACCUGAAUCCGUGUUUAGAUUUCAAUUCGACUCAUGUAGCUGAUGAGAGAUAAGGCUUCAUGAGAUAAUGCUGGCUGAGGGGGUUGGCCAAGACUACUUGUGUGUGUAUAGUCUGAAGCCUUGCAUGUUCGAAGGGCUGUACUAGGUUGGAGAGGUGUGGCUGGUGAAAAAUAAACUUUUUUUUCCCCCUUUGAGUAAAGUUCAAUCUGCCGAGGUAACCUCUUUGUUUGUCAGUUAAAAGACAGACUAGGGAAGAAUUGAGCAGAAGGUUUCAGAUCGGAGGCAAUAGCCUCCCUCCUGAAAUAAGGGAGGGUUGUUGUGAGUCUGUCUAUGCUGUACGCUAGGAACACGGAUUCUGAAUGCCAUGUACUGGAAGAGCUCGCAGCUGCUGGUGUGUCGCAUGGAAAGCGAAGAGAAGUACACGGCUGGUGUGUGUCUCCUGAAGACUAACUCUGAGCGGGUGGUUAAGGACGAAUCCAGUUCCCCAGCUCCCUCGGCCUCGCCAUCCCUAUCUCCACAAUCGAUGAUCUCUUCCAGGUCGUGCAGAAAUAUCUGCAGCAGCUGCGGCUUGGAAAUAGUGGACCGAUACCUCCUGAAGGUGAAUGAACUAUGUUGGCAUGUCCGAUGUUUGGCCUGUAGUGUGUGCAAAACCUCUCUGGGCCGACACACCAGCUGCUACAUCAAGGAUCAUGAAAUAUUUUGCAAACUGGAUUAUUUCAGGCGUUAUGGGACCCGUUGCUCUCGCUGUGGCAGGCACAUCCAUUCGACAGACUGGGUCCGCAGGGCCAAGGGUAAUGUCUAUCACCUGGCAUGCUUUGCCUGUUUCUCCUGCAAGAGGCAGCUGUCCACUGGGGAGGAGUUUGCUUUGGUGGAAGAGAAGGUCCUCUGUCGGAUACACUAUGACUGUAUGUUGGACAACCUCAAAAGGGCAGCUGAAAAUGGGAACGGAGUGACCAUGGAAGGAGCACUACCAACCGAGCAGGAUGUCAUUCAACCCAAACCAACAAAACGAGCACGGACCAGCUUCACAGCUGAUCAGCUCCAGAUAAUGCAAGCUCAGUUUUCACAAGACAACAAUCCAGAUGCACAAACGCUGCAGAAACUUGCAGACAGAACUGGUUUAAGCAGACGUGUGAUACAGGUUUGGUUUCAGAACUGUAGAGCACGUCACAAAAAGCAUGUGAGUCCAAACCGCCUGUCAUCUACCCCAGUGACCAUGCAACAGGAGAGGCGCUCUCCCCAAAUGCUGGAUGAAAUGACCUACUCUGCAUAUGUAGCACCAGAUGGACAGAUGUUGACUGCCUUACACACCUACAUGGAAUCUCAUUCACCAACAUCACUGGGACUUCAACCUCUUCCAUCUCGAUCAAUGGCACAGCUUCCUCUUGGCCAUGCUUGACUUCCCUUCAGUGAUUUGAUUUUUGCUGAAUAUUCAGGUUGGAAGACAAAUGCAAAGUGCGUUAAAUCUACGGCAUUUCACUCUGCUUUUGGAGUGUUGCAGAUGAAAAACUUUUUUUUUCCUGACCCUUUCCUAUUUAUUGGCAUCUAGUGGAGCACUUUUUGUUUCUUUGAUUCUGGUUGGAUUGCUAAUGUACCAAAUGUUUACAAGUUUGUAGUGUAAAUGUAAUGUUAGUUUAAUUGGUAAGUUAUUGUUGAAUAUAUUGAGUGUUUGCAAACAGUGUUUUAUACAGUUUAACUUCCUUUAUUCAAGGAAAGAAAUUUGCGUAAGAAGUCCUGUUAUCUCUCCAUUCUAGUUUCUGAUGCACCAAUGUUGGAUUCUGGACUAUAUUAAAAAAUAAAAAAUGUUUGUUACUGAU